UUUUUCCGUUUGUUUUGUGACUGCAUUUGGACGGACUUUUUGAUUUUUGCUACGCGUACGAGUAUUAGUAGUCGAUGUCUAUGAGACGGUGAUUUCAUUUUUUUUAUUAAAAUUAACGUUCCGAAUUUUGCAAAGGUUACUUCUUACUGUGAAGAUCUUUUGGAAUUCAAGUUACAAGUCCUCUAAACGGCGAACAGAAUGAACGUUCCGCGAGCUUUUACUCCUAUCACCUGGAAAUACGGAGCCAUUGGGGCUGGUGUGGCUUUGACUCAAGGUCUUGGCAUGGCGUGGUAUUCGCCUCAAGUUUUUGGGAAGAUCUGGGCGAAAUACCAUCCAGUGACGGCCAAUACGAUGUCGAAGGAAGACCACACAACGAGCAUGUUGAUUUCCACAGUGGCUGAUACCGGAUUUGCUUUCUUGCUAAACUAUCUCAGCAGUCGUUAUUUCCGGCCGCUGACUAUUACGGAUGCACUCCUCUUGACGGGAAUCGUCAGCGGAAUCCAGCUGUUACCUCAGUUGCCGCAUGUCCUGUGGGGAAAGAAAGCGCCGGAGGAGUUCAUUGUCGACCACGGCUACAACAUUCUGGGCAUUUUCAUCAAAGUCUUGGCGCUGAUGUACAUGCCGUACUGAAGUUACUAAUGGAUCUGUUCUAUUUUAGCUGACUGAAACUGGCAUAUUAUGAGUUACUGUGUAUUUGGUGUUUGGUAUUAGUAUUUUUUUAGUGCUCAUUGCCAUAUUUAAGUAUUAUGGCGUUCGUACGUACAACAAGCUUCAGGCAGGCUUCCCCGCUGGCUGUGUUGAUAAGACGUAAUCUCUUACUGUUUUAGCUGUUAAAGUUGCUGCAAUUAAAGAGCAGUUUUGC